AUGUCUCCUCCAGAGCCUCGGUUUCAUCCCGCCCGAUUAAGAUCAUGUACCUACCGCUGGUUCCGACAGCUGUUCCGGCCGCGUUAUCAGCGCCAUCCCCGCCAGCAGCAGCAACCUGUGCUCCAACAAGCUCAACUCGUGCCUCGAUGCAUGAGACUAGCACCCAUGUUGUUCUUGCAGACACCCCCAACAGCAAUGCGAUGUCAUCGUUGUCCUUUAUUAAUGCCUCAGUCAAGAGCAAGCCUGCCAUUUGCAUCGCCCGAUUCCACCACCAUCCACACCGCAACCAUCCCCAUUGCCAGGGUCGAGAAUGCAAACUCGUCCUGGAGUCAACAACUGCAGCUCAGACUGCCAUCCAAUAUCGGACUCAUCCCGUCCAUCAACCGUGCGAUCACCCCGCUGCUCAAAGUCGACUAUCACAUCCUCAUCUCAAUACCCAUCCCUCAACGCAACAACUGCGGCAAUAGUCUGGUUAGUCGUCUAACAUCUGGUUCCCGAAAGCGAUCACCUCUGGAUCUUGCAGUCUUCAAUGCCUCAUCCUCCUCACCUUCAACCGAAGCCCUACUGCAAGGCUCUACUCAUCAGCCUCAGCAUUCGGAACACUCCCUGGGCGGUCUGACAUGGACUCCUACGCCGACUGCUAUUCAGCUUGGGCCAAUUCCUAUUGUCAUUGGCACCAUCCCUUCGAACACAUGUCACAAAAAGUUCAAGUGGCCGAUCCCCAAUUACCUAGGGGUGUCAGACCGGCCGACGUUUGUCCGAGACCGGUUUGAGGAGGAGAUGAUGCAGCAUCUGUCGAGCCUCGAGAGUUUGAUGAUGGAAGACGAUGACGAUAUCGAUAUUGACAGCAUGUCGUGGGGCUUUGAUGAAGAGUACACAUACGAGCCCGGGACUAAGCACGCCGCCUCCUUCUCCGCCUCAGUUGCCCUUGGCAAUGGUAGACGAUGGUUUGAGGAUGCAUCCGCUUCGAGAUACAUCGGUACUUUUGCAGAGCAGGCUAGAAAGCAAGGUGUAUGGUCGAUUGUGAUGCCCUAG